CCGAGUACGGCUUUGUAUCAAGCGUAUUAAUAACCUAUCUUGUUUAGUUAAUCCAUCCAAGUUCAAACUUAAUUUUAAUAUAUUUAAAUUUUAAAAAAUAGAAAAUAUAUUUCAAUGACAGAUUUAAAUUAUAUUUGAGAUUGUGUUAACUCGUGGGAUUUUGUAUAAAUCUUUUGGUAAUGUUACCGCCAAAAGGAAACUGCAAUGGGGAAACAGGAGCGAGUGUUGUUUGCGGCGUUGGAAUCAUGCAACGGCCUCCAACAGUGGGACAAACUUAACGCGCAACUCAUCGUUUCUAACCUCUCACAACACCCUCUCUUCGCCACCACCGCCAUCAAGAAACUCUCUUCCCACGCGCUCACACUCCCACGCGCCAUUUCCCUCUUCCGCCAUCUCCAUCACCCCGACGCCUUCCUCUCCAACACCAUCAUCCGAGCCCACGCGCGCAUAGACGAUUUCCCCUCCGCUCUCCGUUUUUACUAUCAUCACAUGCUCGCUCGUUCUGUUCCCCCAAAUCAUUACACUUUCCCCCUCUUAAUCAAACUUUGCACCGAAAUCGGGUCGACCCUUGAAGGCCAAAAGGGUCAUGCCCGAAUUAUUAAAUUCGGGUUUGACUCUGAUUUGUUUGUGCGGAACUCGCUGAUUCGGAUGUACUCUGUUUUUGGGGGAAUUGGUUAUGCCCGGUUGCUGUUUGAUGAAAGUUGUGUGUUGGAUUUGGUUAGUUAUAACUCCAUGGUAGAUGGGUAUGUGAAGAAUGGGGAUAUUGGUGCUGCUCGUAAACUGUUUGAUGAAAUGCCUGUGAGGGAUUUUUUUAGUUGGAAUUGUAUGAUUGCGGGGUAUGUGGGUGUUGGGGAUUUGGAUGCUGCGAAUGUGUUGUUUGAAGGAAUGCCUGAGAGGGAUGUUGUGUCUUGGAACUGUAUGAUUGAUGGGUGUGCGAGGGUUGGGAAUGUCUUUCUGGCUGUUGAGUUUUUUGAUCGAAUGCCUGUGGCAGUAAGGAAUGUGGUUACGUGGAAUUCUGUGUUGGCGCUGCACGUGAGAAUGAAGAAUUUUGGUGAGUGUUUAAGGAUGUUUGAUAAAAUGAUGGAAGGAAGAGAGGUGGUGCCGAAUGAGGCUACCCUGGUGAGUGUCCUCACCGCAUGUGCUAAUUUGGGGAGGCUCAGUGUGGGAAUGUGGGUUCAUUCUUUUAUCAAAAGUAACAACAUCAAACUUGAUGUCUUGCUCUUGACUUGUCUAUUGACAAUGUACGCAAAAUGUGGGGCUAUGGAUUUGGCUAGGGAUGUUUUUGAUGAGAUGCCAGUCAGAAGCAUUGUAUCGUGGAAUGCUAUGAUCAUGGGAUAUGGCUUGCAUGGGAAUGGUGACAAGGCUCUUGAAAUGUUCUUGGAGAUGGAGAAGAAUGGAAUGCAGCCAAAUGAUGCCACUUUUAUCUGUGUGUUAUCUGCGUGUACUCAUGCUGGAAUGGUCAUGGAGGGUUGGUGGUAUUUUGAUCUCAUGCGUCGAGUUUACAAAAUUGAACCCAAGGUUGAACACUAUGGUUGCAUGGUUGAUCUCCUUGCUCGAGCUGGUUUGGUGGAAAAUUCAGAAGAGCUUAUAAGGAAGGUCCCUGUGAAGGCUGGAUCUGCAUUGUGGGGAGCUCUACUUUCUGGUUGUAGUACCCACUUAGACACGGAGCUAGGAGAGAUUGUAGCCAAGAGACUUGUUGAGUUAGAGCCACAGGAUAUCGGUCCUUAUAUUAUGCUGUCAAAUAUAUAUGCUUCUCAAGGGAAAUGGGAUGAUGUUGAAGGAGUGAGAUUGAUGAUAAAAGAAAGGGGAUUACAGAAAGAAGCAGCAUCCAGCUUGGUUCAUCUUGAAGAUUUUGAAUCUAAAUAUUUUGUUAAGAAUAAUUCAGGUUAUAGGAAAAGGAUACUGUACUCGAUGUUAGGAGAAUUAGGAACACAGAUGAAAUUUUCCUUCGGAGACUCAAUUGAGAAAGAUAAUUUUACACCUACAUAAAGUUAGUCUCUAUAAUACAGGCUGUUGGGCUAGAAGAAAAGUGCUAGCUAAUCAUAAUAGAGACUGCCACUAAAAACGAUGUGUUGCGCGAUGGAAUUAUGGAAAUGCUAUGAUAAUACAAGGAUGGGUCAAAACAAAAGGAUCUAGUAGCGGCUGCAGGGUCCAGAUUGGUUCUGCGGAAGAUUUUGGGGUUGAAUUUUCUGGUGAAGGAUAAUUCAUUUAUUUGACGAAGGAUAAUGUUUGUUUCACACGCACUUGUGAGGUGUGAAAUGAGGGGAAGGAAUAGAAAGAUAUAAAAAGAAGACAACAAAGAAAAGAGAGAAAAUAAGAGAUGUAAUGAAUGAUGGAUAAAAAAAGAAA